AACCGGAUGCUUCACAUUUAUACAUCCGUUGAAAUAUCUGGCUUAUUGUUCUAUGAUUGAGGUAUAAGAUUCUCUUUCUGACCCACAAAAUAACUCAAAUUCCCAUAAUCCUCAGGUUUACGUGGUGACGUGUUGAGCAUAACAAACAACUCAGGAAGAGCAUAUUUGAUCCAGGUUAGACAGCUACCUACACAUUCAAAAUGCUGAAGGCUGUGAUUCUCAUUGGAGGCCCGCAGAAAGGGACACGGUUUCGACCGUUGUCAUUUGAGGUCCCAAAACCCUUGUUUCCAGUUGCUGGUGUGCCCAUGCUACAGCAUCACAUUGAAGCAUGUGCCAAGGUGCCAAAUAUGAAGGAGAUUUUGCUUAUUGGCUUUUACCAGCCAAAUGAAGAACUUACAAGAUUCAUUUGUAGCGCACAGCAGGAAUUCAAAAUCUCAAUCAGGUAUUUGCAGGAGUAUGCUGCUUUGGGCACAGGGGGUGGAAUCUACCACUUCAGAGAUCAGAUUCUAUCUGGUGGCCCAGAGGCAUUUUUCAUCAUGAAUGCUGACGUGUGCUCUGAGUUUCCUCUACCAGAGAUGCUCAACUUCCAGAAAGAACACGGAGAGCCGAGCAGUUUCGUCAUCCUGGGGACAACUGCAAACAGAAAGCAGUCCAUGAACUAUGGCUGUAUUGUGGAAAACCAGCAAACAAAUGAGGUUUUACAUUAUGUGGAGAAGCCUAGCACUUUUGUUAGUGACAUCAUCAACUGUGGAAUAUACCUGUUUACCCCGGAGAUAUUCCAACACAUUGGGGCAGUCUUUCAGAAGAACCAGCAGGACAUGCUGUUAUAUCCAUAUGAGGGAGAUGAGCAGACCAAUGGCAACGGCUGGCAUCGGGCUGAGGCCAUCCGGUUAGAACAGGACAUUUUCACAGCCCUGGCUGGGCAGGGCAAGCUCUACGUCUACAAAACACCCGCCUUCUGGAGCCAGAUCAAAUCUGCAGGGUCUGCAAUAUACGCCAGUCGGUUGUACCUUAACCAGUACCAUAAAGUACAUCCUGAAAGACUGGUUACAACUGAGGAUGGAGGGCCUCGAAUAAGUGGAAAUGUUUACAUUCACCCAACAGCCAAUAUUGACCCUACUGCGGUGUUGGGUCCCAACGUCUCCAUAGGCACAGGAGUGACCAUCGGGGCUGGGGUGCGCGUGAGAGAGUCAAUCAUCCUCCACGGGGCUACCCUACAGGAUCACAGUUGUGUGUUGAACUGUAUAGUGGGGUGGGACAGCACUAUUGGCAAGUGGGCCAGAGUUGAAGGAACUCCCAGUGACCCAAAUCCAAAUGACCCCUAUGCAAAAAUAGACAGUGAAACACUCUUCAGAGAUGGAAAACUCACACCAUCAAUCACCAUUCUUGGUUGUAAUGUGACUAUCCCAUCUGAGGUGAUCAUACUCAACGCAAUUGUUCUGCCACACAAAGACCUCAACAGGAGCUUCAAAAACCAAAUUAUACUGUAGUUCAUUUGCUGCCAAACUAAUUAAGGAUUGUAGCUUGAAGAAGAAUGUCACUGCCUCUGGGUUAUUGUAUAUAAGAUGACACUGGGUGUUUUGGAAAGAUUGUGUAGGUUUUAGCCUUUAUGAAUUAAAGAAUGUUAUGAGAUGGCUUGGAGGAUGAUAGUGAGUUGGUUAGAUUACCUCGACAUGAAUGUCGUCAGAGCUAUGGAUGCAACCAUGUUGAGGCUAGACAGUGUUUAAACAUCGGCGUAAAACCAGCUUUUAUUAUUUUGGGUUCUGAUGGGGUAUGCCAGUUGAACUAAGCACAUGCGGUAUGUAUAAGUUAAUCUUCAAGAAUCAAAGUGGGUGUGUGCACACAAUUAAGUCAAAUGGAUGUAGCAAUUAAGGAUUCUAGUUUCACAUCCCUAUGAUUAGCUCUGGAUUCACUACCAUAAGGGAAAUUAAAACAAUGGUUAUUUUGGCAUAGGGUUUGCUAGCAUUACUUACCAUUUGGUGCUAGCCUAGUUAUUGAAAUGUCAUCUUGAAAAAAAGUCUGCAGCUGAUUUAGUCAGAUUGCAAAAUGAAAGGAGUUGGUUAGCUGUGAGGGGUAAUUUGGGGGCCUUUUUACAUGUGCUUUGAUUAAAACAUGACCAUUAACUGCAA